AUGUCUUUCGACAGCCCUUCGGUUACUGCGGAUACUCUUCCCGGUGGUUUGCAUGUACUGAAUCCUGUAUCACCAACAAACGGCAAGUGCAGAACGGACGUUUCCUUCAGUGCGAGUAAUACAGGAGAUCAUCAGAUCUGUCUGAAGGCUUCUCUGCCAAGUAUUACGGGUGAAAAGAGAUGCUACAAUCUACAGAUUCCGAGUACAUCUCCAGCGUUAACACCCUGUGAGAGACAGACCUGCCAAAAUGGUGGACUGUGUAAAGGUGAUCCGUCAGGCAGUAUCGCCACUUGUUCCUGUAUCGCUGGGUUCUCUGGACAGGAUUGUAGUAUUGUCGGCGCCCAUGUUGUCGGCCACAUGGCUGGGAAUCCAAUACCACCUACUGUUGGUUCCCCACCAGUGAUUACUGAUACCGUCGUACCUGAUACCGUAUCCUGUGUGGUGAAUACCAUCUGCCAUGUACCACUCAUUGUCACCGGAGACCCCAACAACCCACCAACUCUCACUCCGGUACAUAAUGACCCAGGAUCACAAAUUGGACAAGUGGAUGUUCCCAAUCCUCCUCACCAACUCCCAGGAAGCCCACCAGGGACUUACAAAGGUGACGUCACUGUAACGGAUAGUAAUCUAGGAAUACACACGUCAUGUGUUCAGACUGCAGACAUAACAGGAAACGCUGCCCAGAUUGUGUGUUUUAAAGUAAACAUGGUUGGUUCUCCUGCACCUGGAACUAUUGCUACGCCCGGUGGCCAGCAGAUCGUGGAACCUACCCUUCCCGAUGGGUCAGUGAUUAAAUGCACCAAGGACAAAUCCUGUCAUGUCCUCAUCCAUACUGCUCCCACAGGAUCAAAUUGUGAUCCCAGAGUUACCGAGAAAGGAACCCUAUCCAGUAGCAUUGAUGUGUUCGCACCAGUCCUGGACAAUGACGGGACGUGUGUAACGGACAUCAGUCUCCCCUCCAACACUUUAGGCGACAAACAUUUGUGCUUUCAAGUAGCACCAGUCGUAAGUGGGGGAAACGCGGAAUCUCGCUGCUACGAUUUACAUGUUGACCAAGACCCUUGUAUUACGUUGCCAUGUCCGACAAGCAAUGGGACAUGCAUUUCAGGGUCAGGAUUUCCGAAAUGUCAGUGUAAACCCGGAUAUGUAGGUCUCACAUGUAAUACAGGUAAAUAUUGUGCAUCAGUGACGUGUAAUAACGGUACGUGUAUCAUUAGGAAUGGAAGCAGUUUCUGCAUCUGCCCUCCGGGUAAACGAGGAAACAAUUGUUAUAAUGACUCUUCAACUCCUAUACCAGGGUCACUUCCAGGACCAAAUACUGACCCCAAAUUUGUGGAUACAGUGUUACCAAAGAGAAUUGUAUGUACCAUUAACGAAGAAUGUAAGAUACAAGUACCGGUGGCGGGAACACCAGUCACACCGAGCAAUAUUCAGUUUGGACAUUUAGACAGUGGGGUGACUCCUGGAUCGGUAGUCGUUGAUCCGUCUACGGUUUCAACUAACCAACACCUAACAACCGUGGGGUUUACGCCAUUUAGUACUGGAGAUAAACGUGUGUGUGUGCAGACAAAGACAAGCACACAAAAUGUGGACGAGAUGUGCUUUAUCGUUGAUUCCAAAGCGCCACCUGCCGGGUCAACAGCAAUUCCUGAUUUAUCACAGCCUCAGUUUACGUCGCCAUCGUUACCUGACAAUUCUGUUGUGGAAUGUAAAGCAGGUGCUACGUGUCAUAUCCAUUUGUCGGCAACUCCCGGAAGUUCGACAAACAACUGUCCAGACAUAGUGCAAGUCGCCACGGGACAGAUGCAAAAUACACACGUGUUCAAAACAAAUCCAACCGCCACUGCAACAAAGCCAACUUGUCAAUCAACAUUAACACUGGCGCCAACAUCUGGUCAGAAAGGUGACCAGCAUGUCUGUGUGAAACCAGCAUUAAGCAGUAAGCAAGGCAACAUUAAAUGUUUUACUAUCAAGGUUACGGACCCAAAUGUCGAUGCAUCAACUGGUGGACCAUGCCAAUCUACCCAUUGUCAAAACGGAGGUAACUGUGAUGCUGACUUCAGCGGAUCUACAGCUACAGCCAAGUGCAAUUGUGCAUUGGGCUUUAAGGGGUUGGCAUGUGAUACAGUUGACCCAUGUGGUUUCAUCAAAAAUGGUCAAACAUUUUGUCUUUGUCCCUCAGGCAAAACCGGUGAUCUGUGUAACAAUGACUCGUAUUUUUUAACAGACGGAUCAAAACAGAUACAUGGAUCUCCUACAGUGUCAUCGACGGAACCAGUGUUUGUAGAUACUGCGUUACCGAAGACCGUGACAUGUUUUGUCGGGAAAACAUGCACUAUACCUUUACCUGUGUCAGGAAAUGCUGUAACACAAUCUAAUGUUGCCUUCGGGUUGGUCGAUCCCGGUAUCUCAGCAGAAACAUUGACUGUACAUCCAUUAUCAGGUAGCACCAGUCUAUUGCAUGUUCCAGUCACACCAACACAGCCUGGAACCAAACACGUCUGUGUACAAACAAAAACGGCUUCUUCAAAUGUCGACGAAAUCUGCUUCGAUGUAAACGCAGUGCAACCGCCAACAGGUAUCAUUUCACAACCUCUUGACGGAAAUAAACCACAGUUCACGUCACCAACACUACCGGAAAAUUCUGUUGUUGAAUGUGAAGUCGACUCUCUGUGUCAUCUUCACCUCACUACGACAACAGGGACGUCAAGCAAUACUUGUCCCGAUGUUCUACAGACAGGAACAACACUAAUGAAGAAUCUAUUGGCGUUCUCUACACCCUCCACAACAACUUCUACGUGCAAUACAGACGUUACCAUAUUACCAACCAAUAGUGAGAUGGGAGAUAACCAUGUAUGUCUGAAGCCCACCAAAACGAGUGGUGAUCAAGGAAAGCUGAAAUGUAUCACAGUGCAUGUUGUUGGUCCAAAUGCUGCUUCGGAAGGAGGUCCUUGUCAAAGUUUACAUUGCCAGAACAACGGCACCUGCACUGCCAAGAUCAAUGUAAUGCCACUCAGCGCUCGCUGUUUGACCCAUGUUCUUCAACACCCUUGGUUUGUCAAAACGGGGGCGUUUGUAAAGACGUCAAUGGAAAAGCGACCUGUUUAUGUCCACCAGGAUGGAAGGGUACAACUUGUCAAACAGCCGGAUCCUGCUUUCAUAGAUACAACUAUUCCAGUGACGGUGGCAUGCAUCGUUGGCCAACCUUGUAACAUACCCUUACUGCUGAAAGGUGCUGGUGUUACUGCAAAAACCAGCGAAGCUUGUUUCACGGUAAAGGCCACCAAACCCCAAGUUGGUACUGGAGCAACUCUUCCUUCGACUAAGGCAGAGGCGGCGAAAAUGGGUAGAGCGACAUGUAUGUGUACACUGACCAGUGGUAAAGAGGUUGUGGUCAUUAACAAGCGGCCGAAAGCCACUACAGUACAGCUCCUCAAAGCGACCGGAAUUGGCGCCGGAAGUGUUACUGGGGCAAUCACUAUAGCAGCAAUCAUAUACAUGAUCGUUGGCAAAAUUAAAGGUGCUAAAACAUCUAACCCGAGUCCAAGGGAUAGGACCAAUAAUUCUGAUAAAAGGACCCAAGUCAACAAACCACGUCCGCAACCUAGACACCGCCGUUAA